UGUUAAUGUCAAAAUCAGCCGCAUUUUUAGCUUGUCACUUUUUGUUUACGUUGGGCUUGCACUUGCACCUCCUCGUUUUGAUAUUAUUGGUAAAUACUAGGGGCCGAACUUAAAGAUGACCGACAAGGAAGAUGCGUGUUAUGGCCCGACGCUGCCGCCUUCUUUCUCCAGGAGGGAUAACAGUGACAGUGUCGAUGAGGAUUCGAGUCAAGAAAACUCAUUCGGACCAGCAUUACCACCGCAUUUGUCUAAAAGUUCAAAAGUGGAAUCUGAUGCAGCGUUUGGACCAGCUUUACCACCCAAGCCAACCGUCAGUAAAUCAGAGGAAUCGGGCUCACGGAACAAUGCGAUUCUAGGACCAGCAUUACCUCCAGGAUUCCAGCGUGAACCAAUAGAUAGUGAUGAAGAUUCUUCUAACGAUGCGGCUUGCUUUGGGCCUCUUCCACCAGACCAAAUAUCAGCUACGAGUCUAGCCCUUGAAGAACGAGCACUUGAGAUGAAAUUAGCGAAACUGGCUGGAAAUGACAAGGAAGAUUUAACCGAACAACGAGAAGAGUGGAUGUUGGUACCUCCGGAAAUCAUGAUACAAGCCGGCGUCGCUAAAACGCAAUUUUCUAAAUCGAAAUGUGAAAGGAAUCGCGACCAAUCUUCCUGGACGGAAACACCCCACGAUAAACAACAGAAAGCAGAAGGACGCAUAAACAAAAAGGAUCAGAAGCGAAAGCUGCAGGAGGAAGCCGAACGUUCAUCAGCUAGGAAACGGGAUGCCGAACAAGAAGCGAUUGUUAAGAAGCACAAAAAAGACCACAAGAGAGACAAAUCUCUCCUUGAUCUCCACAGUGAAAAGAGGAAAAAGGAGAAGGAAAGCAAGUCUUCAGAUCAAGUGAGGAGACCCUUCAAUCGGGAAACAGAUUUACAGCUAAAUAAGUUCGACUCGCGACAAGUCAAAUCUGUCAUUGACAAAGCGAAAAUUUUAGAUUCAAGGUUUUCAGCUGGUUCCAAUAAAUACUUGUAGCACCAUGAACUGA